GUCAGACCCGCCUCCUCCUGCCACCUGGGGCACUCGGCCAAGUCUCAGCCGUGAUGUGACAUCAGAACCCCGACGACCAUCCCAGGAUCAGCUGGUGGUGCAGUGAGCUGGCGGGGUCCUGCUGCCGGAGGUACCAAGCAGUGCAGCACGUAAUCGGUGCUGGGGCCCCAACUUUUCACAAUUUAUAGAACUGAAUUGGAUGAAGCCACCGAAGGCAAGGUGUGAAAUGUCUGAGGAUAAUCCAGCUGCAAACAAGACCACUGUCUCUAACAGUGAUUAUAUCUGGGGCUAUGAGUAUUAUGACUAUGAGCCAGUUUCCUUUGAAGGACUGAAGGCGCACAGAUAUUCCAUUGUGAUUGGAUUUUGGGUCGGCCUGGCAGUCUUUGUGCUCUUCAUGUUUUUUGUGCUGACGUUACUGACCAAGACAGGAGCCCCACACCAAGACAGGAACCUGGGCCUUGCUACAAAGCAACAAAGAGUGAACAGCUUUGCCAUUAAUUAUGUCACAUGCAAAACCGAUAAAGCCUUUUGCCACCCUGCGAGUGAAGAGUCCAGGUCUCUCUUUCAUUUCUAUGAAAAUGAGGUUGGACAUUUAGAAAGACAACUGAUGGUCAAAGCAUCUGAUCCAGGGAGCAGUGACGUUCCCACUCAAGAAGGAGGUGGAAGAAGCAACAGCAUAGAUGAUGCUGUGGACUGUCUCGGCAAAUUCGACAUCCCAAACUGUGUGAGCUUGGAUCAAAGCUCCUCCCUGAUGGAAGAUGAUCUACUGAUGUGCGAGCAACCAGUUAUUUUUGAAAAUAAACAAGACAGGCUGCAAGUUGUGCAUCAAAUGUCUGACUAGUUAAAGUAACAAUGAAACUGCUCAACUACAGAAAUAUAUCCAUUCAAAAAUUGUAAAUCAUGUAGAAUGAUGGAAAAAUAAUGUUUGAUUGUAGUUGCCAGUACUAUUUUGCCACUCUCUUCCACUGUGGCUGUCAAACUGCCUGUUCCCUUGACAGCUAAGUCUUCUGUUUAUCAGGAGUCCCUCCACCUCAUCUUUUACUCUUAAUUUCUAGCCAGCAUUUAGAAAGUCAGAAGAUAUAUUUGUAAAUGACCUUCAUACAUCUUUGUGAAGGGUCUAAAGCACUUCAACUAAGAUGAAUUACCUUGCAAUCAAUCAGUGUUAUAUGUCAUUAAUUUUAAAGAGUACUUUUACACAAUGUGCUCUGUACCUCCUGUUACACUUGGCUCCAUUGAUCUGGGGAACUUCAGUAUGAACUGUGAAUCAUCAACUCUGCCAGCUUGCUCUUUCUAAAAAUGUAAGGUUCGUUUAUUUGGUUGUUUAACAGUUUAAUAUAGUUUCAAUUAGUAAAUUGUUUAAUGUUAUAUUUAAUAAAUAUUUUUAUUAAAUUUAA